AUGCCUCAGAAAAUCACCGUUGCUGUGGCGCAAGCCCGCACUCUCUCUACACUUGAGUUGACCCUCGCCGCUCUCAAGAAAACCACCCAGCAUGCAGCUUCAAAAGGUGUCCAUCUCUUGCUCUUCCCAGAAGCUUAUCUAGGCGGGUAUCCUCGUACUUGUGACUUUGGAACUGCUGUUGGCGCACGUGCCCCCUAUGGGCGGGACCAAUUUGUUGAAUACUUCCGUGCUGCCGUUGACCUGGGCGAUACGCCUGCUGGAGCGGGAGAUGACUGGGUGGGGCGCAAGCUGCCUGUAGCUCAAGGUCGAGACCACCGUGGUGAUGGGACAAGAGAGUUCCUCGAGCGGGUGUCCCGCGAGACGGGUGUCUUUAUUGCAACUGGGUUGAUUGAAAAGGCCGGGGGGAGCAUGUACUGCUCCGCGCUAUAUGUCGAUCCAUUGCGGGGUGUUCUGGGGAAAAGAAGAAAGGUCAUGCCAACUGGCUCAGAACGUCUUGUAUGGGCACAGGGCUCCCCUUCUACUCUGAAAGCUAUCACUACGGAGCUCAAUGGAGUCAAGCUUACUAUUGCCGCUGCUAUCUGCUGGGAAAGCUUCAUGCCUUUGCUUCGUCAAAGUCUUUACUCACAAAAUGUGAACAUCUACCUCGCACCCACAGCUGACAGCCGUGAUACUUGGCUACCUCUCAUGCGGACUAUUGGUGGUGAAGGCCGCACUUUCGUGCUCUCUUGCAAUCAGUGCGUACGCUACAAUGAGCUACCAUCCUGGAUCACUGAUCAGGGUAAAGCUACUGAAGAAUCUCCAGAUCGCUAUAUCUCGCGUGGUGGCUCCUGCAUCGUCGGACCCUUGGGUGAAGUUGUGGCUGAGCCUAUUUGGGAAGUCUCUACUGACGAUGCAGCUGAUGGCUCCAGCAUCGAAAAUGGGCUUGUGAUUUCCGAGAUUGACUUGGAGGAUUGUGAGCGAGGUCGACUUGAUAUGGAUGUUGCGGGAAGCUAUUCAAGAGAUGAAUUCCGGUUGACGGUUGACGGGUUGGACUUGAACCCUCCUCCGUUCUAG